AUGUGGGGCUGCUGCUUCUCCUCCUGGUUGAUCUCCUUCCUGGGGAACUCCACCGUCCGGCGCAGGCGAUACGCCCGCUUCUCCGCCGCCGCUGCGGACUGCCAGAACGAGAACUGGAUCUCCGGCAACAGUCUGUAUAAGAGACACCCUCAUCUCCAGAGAUUGGAAGCUUGCGACAACUCACCAUGGCAGCUCUUCCCGGUCCUCACCUACAUCAUCGUGUCCGGCCUCUUCCAGAACCCCUUCGUGGCCAGUCGCGUGCUCCACAUCUGCUGCAAUGGCGACCCGCCGGACCUGAACUUCGCCACCGUGGUUUUCCGCCAGAUACGGCGGCCCAACCUCUUCUCUUGGAACACAAUCAUCAAGGGCUUCGCCGAGUCAGAGGACCGCCGCUCCAUCGCCUUCUCCUUCUACCGCCAGAUGCUCGACAGGGGUAUCCUUCCCGACAAGCACACAUUCCCUUUCCUCCUCACUGGUUGCAGGCCUCCAUCCACAGCCAAAUCGGGAAAAUUUCUGCACGCCCACUGCGUGGUUCUUGGAUUUUCCAUGGACACCUUCGUCCAGACAGCCCUGGUGAACAUGUACCUGGGAUGCGGGCAUAAGACGGAUGCACGGCACCUGUUCGACAAAAUGACCAGCCGCGAUAUCGUCUCCUGGACUUGUCUGAUCUCCGGCCUGAUCGCCGGCGGUCACCAUGAAGAAGCCCUGGAGGUCUUCAAAGCUCUGAGGAGCGACGAGGGCCAGUCCGCUGUCAAGGCGACGGUGGCGACGAUGGUCUCGGCGAUGGCGGCUUCCGCCUUCCUCGGCGCCCUGGAUCAUACUCGUGCCCUCCAUGGGAACCUGGAGAAGACUGGCUACAUGGCGGACACCUUCAUCGGCAACUCUCUGAUCAACGGCUACGCCAAAUGUGGAAGCAUCGGCUCCUCCUCCAAAAUCUUCCAGCAGAUGAAGGACAGAGACCUGCUCUCGUGGACGGCGAUCAUCUCCGGGUUUGCCGCAAAUGGGAUGGCCCAAGAGGCCCUCGGCGCGUUCGCGGGCAUGAGGGCCGCCGGAAUCGUUCCCGAUCCGGUCGCCUUCCUCGCCGUCCUCUCCGCCUGCAGCCAUGCGGGGCUGGUCGAUGAAGGCGUGGAGAACUUCGAGCUGAUGCAGAGGAGCUACAAGCUCUCCCCGGGGCUGAAGCACUACGGCUGCAUGGUGGACCUCUUCGCAAGGGCGGGGCUCCUCCGCAGGGCCUGCGAGUUCAUCUCGGCGAUGCCCCUGCGGCCGUCAAUGGCGGCGCUGGGCGCCCUGCUGAGUGCCUGCAGGGCCAAGGGCGAGCUGGAAUUGGCGGAAGCUGUCGCUGGAGUGAUCGUGUCGUCCGGCGAGAGCGCCAGCGGGGCCGGCGUGCUGCUGUCCAACAUGUACGCCGACGAGAGCAGGUGGCAGGAAGCUUCCCUGGUCAGGAAGAAGGUAACGGGAGGAGGUCUGAGGAAGCCUCCCGGGCAUAGCUGGAUCGAGGUCGAGGGUGUCGUCUACAGGUUCAUGGUUGAGAACGGGUCGGACCCUCACCUGAAGGAGAUCAUAUCCGCCCUGGAUGCCUUCGCAAAAGAUGGACGCAGCUGA